AUGGAUGUGCAAUUGUGCGAUGAUUCAUUGGGUGAUGAGAAAGAUGGUACAAACUCUUUGGGAACUAUAGUUACAGAAGAUUCUAGUGGAAACAUUCCAAAUGUAAAUUCAAAUAUAAAUGUAUAUGAUUGUAUGGAGUUCAAGCGAAAGCGCUCCGUUAUAAAAGAAAAGCGUUUUGUGAUAAAUGAUAUGGUUGAAACAGUUGAUUUUGGUCUACUACCUGAGGGUUGGCUCCAACUACGUCAUAUUUCUGGACUUAAUGUAUAUUUACACAGAUCAAGCCGAGUGGUGACACUUUCAAGACCAUAUUCUAUUGGACCAAGUAGUGUACGUCACCAUCGUAUUCCUGUAUCGGCUAUUCCAUGUUUGGCUUAUCGUAAAGCUAGUGGAAAAUUUUUUUAUCCAACUGAAUCUCAUACGAUCCCUUCAGAAUUCACUAGUCCAGUGAAUGAGUUAAAUAAUAAAACAGUAUGUUGUCCGUUUGAAAUAUCACCAACAAACAUCCCAUCUGAAGAUGUACAAACAGUCCAAAAAUUAGACCUAUCUAAUGAAUCGUUAGAAGAUGAAGUGUCAGUGAUAAAUAACAAGCAUGAGGAUGAGCUAUCAAUCAAUGGUGGUGCUUCAGUAUCAUUCAGUCGUAGUAGAAAUAACUCGUUUUCAUUACCUGAAGAUAACAAUAAUACUAAUCACGAUAUUGUUGAUGUAGUGAAAAGUAAAAAUUCCGAUAAAGAAGAAGGUGAAUUAUCUUCUGGUGAUGAUGAAAAAGAGAAUUCGUUUGAAGAUGAUAGUCGAGCUAAAAAACCACGUUUGAAUAAUAAUGACGAUGUUAGUGAUGGUGUUGGCGAAGAUUCAAUCGACUGUUCAUCCAAUGAAACAUCAUCUUUACAAAAUUCGUUACCUAAAGCAGCUGAAGAAGUGUCAAAUACUUGUAAUAACGUUCUAUAUAACAGAUCAACUCAUUUUGGAAAUAGCUAUCGUAAAUUUAGACGUGGUAAUCUUCUAACCAAAAGAUCUUGUUUAACAACAUCACCAAAUGUUCAACUGUCAGAGUCUGAUCGUAUAUCCAACGUAUCUACCAAUAAACAAAAUGAGGUGCCUACUGGAACUCAAGAAAUUGUUGCUGUUAAAACUCAGGUGUUUUCUAUUAAAGACAAAGAAAAAGAAUCUCUGUUGACACCUGAUGAUAUUCGUGAAUAUUGUGGACGUCUUUUUGAAAUCAGAGUAGAAGAUACAGUAAUUAAAAGAAAUCGUGAAUAUCAUUGUACAACAGAUCUUACUACUAAAGAAUCAGAAGACAUACAGAAACCAUUACUGAUGAUGUCAGAACAGGCAAAAGUUAUUCGAUAUCAAAUACCAUCGACUGAUGGAAACGUUUCGCGAAAGCAGCCUAAAGAGGGUAUGAUCAAUAUGACUGGUAAAUCAUAUGUUUGCAUUCUUCAUGAGUAUUGCCAAAAUGUUAUACGUCGUCCGCCGACAUAUCAGACAACAGUUCUUGAAAAUGAUAAAAAUCCCUAUCAAAUGACAGUAUUUAUUAAUGGUAAUCCAUAUGGAACCGGUACAGGGCAAAGUAAAAAGUGUGCAAGAUUAGAAGCGGCUCGUAAGGCGCUUGAAGUUUUAAUUCCGGAUUUUCAAAAGAUUGUAUGUAACAAUUCACAUCAAACAGGUCCAGUGGUAGCCUCUGAUCGUGAUAUGCAGUUGUUCGAUUCCAUUUCGGUGACUGAUCCACGUUUAUAUGAAUUAUCUGUGCGUAUGGCAUUACCUACUCCAUAUAAUCUACUUGUUGAAUGUUUAAGUCGAAGUUGUGUUCCUGAGUCUGAUUUGAAGUCAAAUAUGAUAUCUCAAGGACGCAGUAAACACUUUUUCACUUUACAGCUGAGAGAACAUACUGUUAAGGUUAGAUGUAAAAACAAAAGAGAAGGUCGUCACUUAUCUGCUCAACAUCUUUUAGCCCGUCUACAUCCUGAAGUUAGUACCUGGAGUGGUCUUUUACGUAUUUAUGGUCCGGGUAGUAAACCAGACAAGCGAAAUGAGUUGGAAACAAUCCAAGAUGCACAAAUUCAACAGAAGUCUGCUGUAAAAGCUAGUUUAAUUCGUUUAUUAAAAGCGAAAAUGAGUGAAUUAGCUGAUCAGUGGGAAAAGUCUGGCGGAAAUUCGAAUCCGAAAGGGAAGUUUUUUGUUUCACCCUACAACCUUCCUGUGGUCGCUUUCCAUCCCGACUCUGAGGGUGACUUGUACAGUUCUGCACCGAUUGCAUCUUCUUCCUCCCCGCCCAUACUACCCCCAACAUCGGAUUAG